CUAACACCACACUGACCACUCCAUCUCCUUCUCCCACCUUUCUCCUUCAACACAAAUCCUCUCCCUCCUCUCCUGCUGGCUAAAGAGAGAGGGCGAACAUGCAUAUCCAAGAAGUGCAACCAUCCACGGACAUCAUGUGGGGGUUCUCCGGGCAGUCUACCUUGACUUCAACGACGGGUCCUAAGCUGAAGGAGCCGGCGGUGUCGUCUCCGGGCUCAGGCUCGGUCGGAGCUGCUGCUGCUGCUGCUGCUGCAGAGAAGAACGGGAGGGGCAAGAUUGAGAUCAAGCGCAUCGAGAACACGACCAACCGUCAGGUCACCUUCUGCAAGCGCCGCAAUGGACUCCUCAAGAAGGCGUACGAGCUCUCCGUGCUCUGCGACGCCGAGGUCGCCCUCAUUGUCUUCUCCAGCCGCGGCCGCCUCUACGAGUACUCCAACAACAGCGUGAAGGCAACCAUUGAGAGGUACAAGAAGGCAACCAGUGACAACUCCAGCGCAGCUAGUACGGUUGCAGAGGUCACUAUCCAGCACUACAAGCAGGAAUCUGCUAGGCUGAGGCAGCAGAUCACCAACUUGCAGAACUCCAACAGGACCCUGGUAGGUGAUUCUAUUUCAACCAUGAGCCACAAGGACCUUAAGCAGCUAGAGGCUAGGUUGGACAAAGGCCUGGUAAAGAUUAGAGCUAGAAAGGUACACUGUGAUAAUAAUCAUAUACGUUGCAUUGCGAGGAAAAUAAAUAUUUAUUUUGUUUGCCCGAUUCAUGGCCAUCUCAUUACUCUGCAGAAUGAGGUGCUAUCUUCUGAACUCGAGUAUAUGCAGAGGAGGGAAAUGGAGUUGCAGAAUGAUAACUUGUACUUAAGGAGCAGGGUUGACGAGAAUGAGAGGGCACAGCAGACAGCGAACAUGAUGGGGGAGUCGUCGACGAGUGAGUACCAGCAAGGUUUCAUUCCUUAUGACCCAAUAAGAAGCUUCCUGCAGUUCAACAUCACGCAGCAGCAGCCUCAAUUUUACUCCCAGCAGGAGGACCGGAAAGACUUCAACCUAGGUGGAAGAUAAAUGGACCAAUGGAGAUCCAGUUAUCUGUGAUGUGCCUGCAAGUGAGGAGCUGGAACUUUAUUUAUAUUUAAAAAAAAGAUGACAACUACUGCUUCAUGUGCAUGCAAGCACAAUUAUAUUAAGGCUUUAGCAGCACCUACCUAUGUGAUGCAA